CAGUUUUAAACUUGCCACUGCUACUGCUAGCGCGUGAUCCUAAUUUAUUGUUCAAUUUUUAUUGUUCUAAGUAAACACACCCACAGUGAUAAUAAAGUUAUUCCAACAUUUUUACGUCUUUUAACUUUCUAACUAGUCUAAUGAAAAUAAAUUCAUAAAAAUGUUUAAAUUAUUAAUUUUGGUGCUAAUUUCACGAGAAGUAUGGUCUGCGAACAUUUUAAUGGUAGGACUGACGGUGUCACACAGCCAUCAUUAUUGGAUGGAAACAGUGUCAAUGGGAUUGAUUGACAAAGGGCACAAUAUCACUUUUCUUUCGUUAGAUCCGACCAAACUUAAACGUGACAAUUACACUGUUAUUACUUUGGAUGGAAUAUACGAACACUUUGCAUAUGGUUACACAAGUGAUGAGCUUCAGCAGAUUACAUUUACUCCAUUAACAAUUCCACCAUUUGUUGAUUUCCUCUUUGAUUUUAUGCUGGACGUUUGUAAGAAAGCACUCCAUCAUCCUAAAAUUCACACACUUUUAUCUUACCCAAAAAAUUUCAAAUUUGAUUUGAUUAUCUGGGAUCACACGAUGGGCGAAUGUAUGUAUCCACUUAUUCAACAUUUUGGUUCCCCAACGAUUGGUGUCAGUCCAUAUGGUUUGUCUGAUACUGUCGAGAGUAUUUAUGGAGGACAUGUUUAUUCCUAUGUUGGAAAUGUCUGCAUGCCUUUUGCUGAAGCAUCAACACUCUGGCAGAGGCUAAUAAACAUUAUUUAUAUCAACUAUAAUAUAUACAGACGAAACACUUAUUAUAAACAGAAGUAUGUUGAAACUUCCAAAAAAGUAUUCUGGGAUUGGGACCUAACUAAGUUUGAGCGUGUGGAAGAAAAUUUUAAUUUGGUUUUAUUAAAUUGGAAUGUUGCUUUGAAUCAACCACAAGCACUGAGUCCCAAUAUGAUUCCCGUUGGUGGUGUUCAGAUUAAGAAAGGAGAAAAACUACCAAAGGAUAUUGAAAACAUAUUUGCCAAACCUUCGUCUGGAGUGAUUUUCUUCUCGUUGGGUUCCAACUCAAAAAGUGAAAGUCUCUCAACACCAAUUUUGCAAUCGUUUGCUCAAUGUUUUGCCGAACUAUCAGAAUAUCAAAUUAUCUGGAAGAUCACACCGCCAGCUUCGUUAAAACUGCCAUCUAAUAUAAAUACAGUCUCAUGGGCACCACAAACCGCUAUAUUGGCACAACCCAAAACAAAACUAUUUAUCACACAUGGCGGCGGUCUGAGUACACAUGAAACUGCAUAUUUUGGUGUUCCCAUUAUUGGAGUACCAAUAUUCCUGGAUCAAAUCAACAACGUGGAGAAAUUAAAGACGAAAGGUGGUGGUGAAGUUGUAAACGUUCGAGACAUGCACAAAUCGAAAAGAAGCAAAGAUAUUUUCUGCCAGAAAGUGAAGAAAGUGCUUUUUACAGAAAAAUACGAAUUGACUAUGAAGCAACUAUCAAAGAGAUACAGAGAUACUGAAAUGGAUCCAAUGGAUACACUUACUUAUUGGGCGGAGUAUGUGUUAAGACAUGGCGAUGCAAAACACUUAACUUCUUUGAGCAGAAACAUGAGUAUAUUUUAUUCGCAAAAUUUAGAUAUUUAUCUUAUGUUUAUUGUGUUUUUUGCGGUACAACUGUAUAUAAUUUGUGCAAUUUUGAGAUGUUUUUGUCGAAAAUGUUGCAAAAGAGCAAGGAAAGAUAAAACUGCCUAAACUAACAAAUGUUCAGAGUAAAUAAAUUUGACCAUGGUCUUCUUUUUAGGAAAAACCAUUCGUUAAAUUGUAAUUAGUUAAAUAUAAUUAGUAUUAUUUACAAAAACUACAUUUUUACAACAUUUUUAUGGGUCGAAUACGCUUCUAGUUGUAGUAUGAUAAACAUAACUUUGUACUUGCAAAUAUGAUUAACGUGCGUCUUCCCCAAAAUAUGUUUGAGGUGCAAACACACUUUAGACAUUUUAACGAUGCACAUCUCUUUGCCACGGCAUUUUGACAAACACACAGUGUAACUCGGAUGAAUUAAAUGCACUUAGAUUGUA